CGCGAGCGGCUGCGCGCCAAGUUCGGGUUCGCUGGUUGCUGAGAGUCACGUGGCGGCGCGGGUCAGCUGGGUCUUUCCGGUGGGACCUGAAGUAGUUAGUUUGGGACCUGAGGUAAUUUGGGACUGAGGCGUGGCCAGGUACCUGUGAGGCUACGUUCCCGUAGGCAGCUUUGAAACAGUGUGAUGGCGACUCCAGUCAACGGAUCCCACAAGGAUGUUGCCCUGUGGUCCUCCCAUGAAACUAUGCUGGCACAGCCCCUCAAGGACAGUGACAUCGAGGUGUACAACAUCAUUAAGAAGGAGAGUAACCGGCAGCGAGUGGGAUUAGAGCUGAUUGCCUCAGAGAAUUUUGCCAGCCGUGCAGUUCUGGAGGCCCUUGGCUCCUGUUUAAAUAACAAAUACUCUGAGGGGUACCCAGGUCAGAGAUAUUAUGGUGGGACUGAAUUUAUCGAUGAACUGGAGAUACUGUGUCAGAAGCGAGCACUACAAGCCUAUCAUCUGGACCCACAAUGCUGGGGGGUCAACGUCCAGCCCUACUCAGGCUCUCCUGCAAACUUUGCAGUAUACACUGCCCUGGUGGAGCCCCAUGGGCGCAUCAUGGGCCUCGACCUGCCUGAUGGGGGCCACCUGACCCAUGGGUUCAUGACAGACAAGAAGAAAAUCUCUGCUACAUCCAUCUUCUUUGAAUCUAUGCCCUAUAAGGUGUAUCUGGACACUGGCUUCAUCAACUACGACCAGCUGGAGGAAAAUGCCCGCCUCUUCCACCCAAAGCUGAUCAUUGCUGGAACCAGCUGUUACUCUCGAAACCUGGACUAUGCACGUUUGCGGAAGAUUGCAGAUGAGAACGGUGCAUAUCUCAUGGCAGACAUGGCACACAUCAGUGGGCUGGUGGCAGCUGGCGUGGUGCCCUCCCCUUUUGAGCACUGCCAUGUGGUAACCACCACAACCCAUAAGACACUGAGAGGCUCCCGGGCUGGCAUGAUCUUCUAUAGGAAAGGAGUAUGCAGUGUGGAUCCCAAGACUGGCAAAGAGACCCUGUACAAUCUGGAGUCACUCAUCAAUUCUGCUGUGUUCCCAGGCCUGCAGGGAGGUCCCCACAACCAUGCCAUUGCUGGUAUUGCUGUGGCCCUGAAGCAAGCCAUGACUACAGAAUUCAAAAUCUAUCAGCUCCAGGUAGUGGCCAACUGCAGAGCUCUGUCCAAGGCCCUUACAGAGCUGGGUUACAAAAUUGUCACAGGUGGUUCUGACAACCAUUUGAUCCUUGUGGAUCUACGUUCCAAGGGCACAGAUGGUGGGAGGGCUGAGAAGGUGCUAGAAGCCUGUUCUAUUGCCUGCAACAAGAAUACCUGCCCAGGUGACAGAAGCGCACUGAGGCCCAGUGGACUCCGACUGGGAACCCCAGCACUGACAACCCGAGGACUUUUGGAAAAAGACUUCCAAAAAGUAGCAUACUUUAUCCAUAAAGGUAUAGAGCUGACUCUACAGAUUCAGAACGACGUGGGCUCAAGGGCCACACUGAAGGAGUUCAAGGAAAAGCUGGCAGGAGAUGAGAAGCACCAGAGGGCCGUGCGGGCUCUCCGGGAUGAAGUAGAGAGCUUUGCUUCUCUCUUCCCACUGCCUGGCCUACCUGACUUCUGAAAGAGCCAUUCUGCUCUGCACCUGCCUUGGUGCCAUACACUCUGAUUGCCCAGGGAUACCUGCUAAGGGGCCAGUACCCUCUUGAGACAACAGAGCUGCCACACAUGACCACUAAGUUGCACUGUCCCUCUUGAGGAGCAUCUCUUACAGGCUAUUUUCAUGUUUUCACAAAUCAAAACUUAGAUCUAAGUCCCAUUGUUAAUAAUUCUGGGACGGGUUAUUAAGGAAUUUAAAUUUUAAUCUAACUUUCUCAACUAUAUAUAAUUACUCUGGAAAAAUAAAAUACUAUGUAGCCAAGUUGAUCAUUUAUAAAAUGGUACAGGACAAAGCCAUUAGAAAGAUUCCGGUGUUUUUACUUUUCUUGGGGCUUCCUUGACUCGCUGUGACAGGUAAGAAAUACCCAGGUUCAUAGAUUGUAAAUGUUGCCCAUUCCUGUUUCAUUGGUCAGUAAGUUGGCAAAGAAGCACUGAAUUCUAUUACAACUGCAGUGGGUAAUUUUGAGUCUCCUGCUUUGUGCUUUAAAAUUAAAUAAGUGUACAAGAUAUACCCAGCUGGUGUCAGCAGCUCACAGUAUGAAGGAUUGGGUUGUCACUCAUAAGUAGAGCACAUGCUUGGCAUAUACAAGACCCUGGAUUCAAUCUUCAACACCAAAAAACUUAUUAAAAAGAAAUGGUGGGCCGGGGA